AGCUCCCGGAGAACAGGCGGCCUGCGGCGAGGAGGGGCGGUGGGCGCAGGCGCGGUCGGCAGGCCGGCCAUGAUCGCGUCUUGCUUGUGUUACCUGCUGCUGCCGGCCGCGCGCCUCUUCCGUGCCCUCUCAGAUGCUUUCUUCCCAUGUCGAAAAAAUGCCCUUUUGGCGAAGAGCUCGUCCUCCCAGGUAGAGGGUGACUUUGCCAUGGCACCUCGGGGCCCGGACCAGGAAGAGUGUGAGGGCCUGCUGCAGCAGUGGCAAGAAGAAGGGUCGAGCCAGGUGCUCUCAACUGUGAGCGAGGAUCCCCUAGUAGAUAAGGGACUAGCCCAGAGCAGCCUGGCACUUCUGAUGGAUAAUCCCGGAGAACAGGAUGCUACUUCAGAGGACAAGUGGUCAAGCAGGCAGCUGAGUGACCUGCGGGCAGUAGAGAACCUGGAGGAGCCUUGCCCUGAGGUGCUAGGAGACGAGGCACUGCCAGAGGUUGAGGGCCCAAUGUGGGCAGCUGUCCCCAUGCAGUCCGGCCCCCAGUAUGCAGACUGUGCUGUCCUCUCAAUGGGUGCCCUGGCUGCAGAGCAGUGGGAAGAAGACCCUGCAGUGGUGGCCUGGAGCAUAGCACCUGAGCCUAUGCCCCAGGAAGAGGCUCCCAUCUGGCCCUUUGAGGGCCUCGGGCAGUUGCAGCCACCCCCAAUGGAAAUUCCUUAUCAUGAAAUCUUGUGGCGAGAAUGGGAGGAUUUCUCUACUCAGCCAGAUGCUCAGGGCCUGGAGGCAGGGGAUGGGCCUCAGUUCCAGUUCACGCUGAUGUCCUAUAACAUCCUGGCCCAGGACUUGAUGCAGCAGAGCUCCGAGCUCUAUCUGCAUUGCCACCCAGACAUCCUCAAUUGGAACUAUCGUUUUGCGAAUCUCAUGCAGGAAUUCCAGCACUGGGACCCUGAUAUCCUGUGUCUCCAGGAAGUCCAGGAAGAUCAUUACUGGGAGCAGCUGGAGCCCUCUCUGCGAAUGAUGGGCUUUACCUGUUUCUACAAGAGGAGGACCGGGUGUAAGACGGAUGGCUGUGCUGUCUGCUACAAGCCCACGAGAUUCCGUCUGCUCUGCGCCAGCCCUGUGGAGUACUUCCGGCCUGGCUUGGAGCUCCUCAAUCGGGAUAAUGUAGGCUUAGUGUUGCUGCUGCAGCCACUAGUCCCAGAAGGCCUGGGGCAAGUCUCAGUGGCCCCACUAUGUGUGGCAAAUACUCACGUUCUGUACAACCCACGCCGGGGUGAUGUCAAGCUGGCCCAGAUGGCCAUUCUGUUGGCUGAAGUGGACAAGGUGGCCCGGUUGUCAGAUGGCAGCCACUGCCCCAUCAUCUUGUGUGGGGACCUGAAUUCCGUCCCUGAUUCACCUCUCUACAACUUCAUCAGGGAUGGAGAGCUCCAAUAUCAUGGGAUGCCAGCCUGGAAGGUGUCUGGACAGGAAGACUUCUCCCAUCAACUUUACCAGAGGAAGCUACAGGCCCCACUAUGGCCCAGCUCCCUAGGCAUCACAGAUUGCUGUCAGUAUGUCACCUCCUGUCACCCUAAGAGAUCAGAGAGACAAAAGUAUAGCCGAGACUUCCUGCUACGUUUCCACUUCUGCAACAUCGCCUGUCAGCGACCAGUAGGGCUGGUUCUUAUGGAAGGAGUGACAGAUGCUAAGCCAGAGCGACCUGCUGGCUGGGCCGAGUCUGUCCUUGAGGAAGACACAUCUGAGCCUGAGCCUGUCUUCCCCAGGACUGUAGGCACUAUCCAGCACUGCCUCCACCUGACCUCGGCCUAUACGCAUUUCCUGCCCCAGCAUGGCCUCCCAGAGGUCACCACAAUGCCCUUGGGUCUUGGAACGACAGUGGAUUACAUCUUCUUCUCAGCUGAUUCCUGCGAGAAUGGGAACGGAACUGAUCACAGGCUGUAUCAGGACGGAACUCUCAAGCUCCUGGGCCGACUCUCCCUCCUCUCUGAAGAGAUUCUCUGGGCUGCCAACGGCUUACCCAACCCCUUCUGCUCUUCAGACCACCUCUGCCUGCUGGCCAGCUUCGGGAUGGAAGUCACCGCCCCAUGAUGGGGCUCCCAGGGGAAGAGAGCUUCUCUUCCAGAAGAGCUCACUGGAUCAGAGACUGUGGAAAUAUCCCAUGCUUCUGGAAACUUAGAUCCAAGAAACUUACGUUCCCUCCCCUCCCCUCCCCCUCCUUGUUCCCUUUUUCCCAUGGUUAGAUUUUCUCCAGGCCUGUCCACGUUCUCUGCCUGUGGUCCCUGCCCCGCCCCAACUUCUUGCUGAUCCUAUGCCACAUAUUUGGUGGCUCUGAGAGAGGCAGAAGGGGGUUCCCCCUUUCUUCCAUGUAUCCAGUGCUCCCCUUUGAUUUUUAAUUACCAGGGUUGCGGGAGCUAUUGA